CAGGCUGGAAAGGUAUACACUCUAAAGCCACCGCGACCUCUUUUGUCCUUCUUUUUCUCUCUCCUCUCAAUUUCGCAUUUCUCCAUCCUCUUAUAAAUACUUUUCUAAAACCCCCAAUUUUAUCCUAAUUCAAUCAUACCCUUUUUCUAGAUUUCACACAAUCCUACUCUUUUACUUUAGUAUAUUCAAAUUACUCUUCCAUUUAUCUACCAACCCUUAAAUCUAUAUCCCCCACUUUCAUCGACAUCAUCACGAAACAAUAUUUGAGCUUGGAAGGAACCACCACAAUUUUGAUUUCGAAUAAUCCUUUAAAACCCUAAUUAAUUUUUCUGUAACUACAAAAUAUCCUCAAUUUCAUCUCUACAAAUUCAAGCACAAAAGUUGGAAUUACUCGUCGAUCGAUAUUGGUGGAUGAGAGGUGAUUUGGGGAAGUGGACAAGAGCAGAGGACAAGUUGUUCGAGGAAGCUCUGGUGAUUUUUGGUGAAGAAGUGUUGGAAGAUCGGUGGCAUAAAAUCGCCGACCAUGUUCCGGGGAGGUCGCCAGCGGAGGUUAGAGACCACUAUGAAGAUCUUCUGUUCGACGUCGAUCAGAUCGACUCGGGCCGAGUUGAACUUCCGAGUUACUCUGACGAGUUUGGCGCUUCUUGGUGGGGUACCGAGUCACCGUCAACUCGGUUGAAUCAAAUUUCUUUUGGGUCUGAUGGUGUAAAUAGUAAUACUAAGCCUAAACAAAAUGAUGUUGAGAGGAAGAAGGGUACCCCUUGGACUGAAGAAGAGCACAGACUUUUCUUGAUCGGGCUUGAGAAGUAUGGCAAGGGUGAUUGGAGGAGUAUAUCGCGUAAUGUGGUGGUUACAAGAACUCCAACCCAAGUGGCUAGCCACGCGCAGAAGUAUUACCUUAGGCAAAACUCUGGGAAGAAAGAGAGAAAAAGGUCAAGUAUCCACGACAUUACAACCGUUGAUGAGAAAUCUGGUGUCCAUCCUGCCGUAGAACAAAAUUGGAUUCCACCUCCUGGAGGAAAUACCAUGGAACAUCAUCAUGCGGGAUUUCAACAAAUGGGUGCAUCAGCAUCACCAUCACCCCCAUUUAGUGGUAAUACUACUCAAGGGGGAUCCCCUUUUGGGUACCCAAGUUUCGGGUUUCCAAUGUAAAUGUUUCGAAACGAGGGUGGUGGUCCGAAUGUCUAAUUUUGUAAAUAUAAGGGAAGUUGAAGUUGUACCUUUCAAAGGAUCCAUUAUAGUGGUGUGUGAGUAAAUAUGAGAGGCCCGUCAGCCCAUCAAGUGGUAUUUAGGAUAGUCAAAGGACAACUAAACAUAGAUAAUACAUGAUGGAUAAAGUUAGAUGACAGUUAGAAUGUAAUCUUUAUCUGAGAUUGAGAUUAUACUUUAUGAUAUCUUAGUUGCUAUAACAUUCUGGAAUCUGGAUUAGUAUAUUUAUUGUGUUUUAUACUUGA